AUGCAUACAUUACACAUGUUGACUGAACAAAUCUCAGCCGCUAACGGUGUAAUCGUGAGUCGAUCAGCCGGUUUCUCACUCGCUUUGGGCAUCCCAUUCUUCCGUUUUUCUCCUCCUCUCCCAUCGGAUAUUCAAUUGGAUGCAAGAGAUGAUGAAAUUCUGAUUGAAAUGCUCUGGAUUGCGAGGAACUACAUCUACACCCAUCCGGACAUCAAAAAGAUUUGCGAGUACCUGAAGCAA